GGCGUGGCCAGCGGCGGCAGCGAUGGCGGAGCUGUUCGGGGGCGUGGAGGGGGGGGGCACCCACUCCAGGGCGGUGCUGCUGAACCGGGACGGACAAAUCGUGGCCGAGACAGACGGACCCUGCACCAACCACUGGCUGAUCGGCUCCGAGCAGUGCAUCGAGCGCAUGGUGAGCGAGGCCAAGCUGAAAGGCGGGGGGUCGGGGCGGGACCCUCAGGAGCCUCUGCUGUCCCUGGGGCUGUCGCUGAGCGGAGGGGACCAGCGGGAAGCCAUCGAGGCGCUGCGGGAGGAGCUGGAGCGGCGCUUCCCGAAGCUCAGCCGGAGCUACUUCAUCACCACCGACGCCCUGGGGGCCAUGGCCACGGCCAGCGACAGCGGUGGCAUCGUGCUGAUCUCCGGGACCGGCUCCAACUGCAAACUCAUCAACCCCGACGGCUCCGAGAGCGGCUGCGGGGGAUGGGGACACAUGAUGGGGGAUGAGGGGUCCGCGUUCUGGGUGUCUCACCGGGCUCUCAAGGUUGUUUUUGACUGUCUGGACAAUCUGGAGGCGCCGCCCCACGGGAUCGGCUUCGUGCGCGAGGCCAUGAGGGAGCACUUCCAGGUCUCAGACCGCAUGGGGCUCCUGCCCCACCUUUACCGCGACUUCGACAAAGCCAAAUUCGCUGCGUUCUGCCGGAGAGUGGCGGAAGGUGCAGACCUCGGGGACCCCCUGUGCUGUCACAUCCUGGCCGAGGCGGGGGCGCAGCUGGCGCGACACGUGGUGGCCGUGCUGCCCAGAGCACAGGAGGAGCUGUUCCGGGGUGCUCGGGGUCUGUCCAUCGUCUGCGUGGGCUCGGUGUGGAACAGCUGGAAACACCUGAGCCCCGGAUUUAUCCCGGUGCUGGAGCGAUCCCGAGCCCAAAUCCCGGGAAUUUUUUCCCGGUUCAGUCUCCUGAGGCUCCGGCGCUCCUCGGCUCUGGGAGGGGCUCGGCUGGGAGCCGGGAAUUUGGGAAUGGAGCUGCCCCUGGAUCGGGAUGGGAACGUCGAGGUGUUCUACACUCAUCAGUUCUGAGAGGAAAAAACGGGAAUGGGGCUUGGAAAAUUGGGAAU